UGGUAGCACUGUAACACGCUACGCAUCAUCGCUCAUGCGUGAACGUUGCUCAGUUUAUAAUAACAUUUGACGUUUUUGAUAAAGUCAAGUAAUUUGUAAUCGUUUCUUAAUUUUACAAAGAAUAAUACAUAAUGGGUUGCGAUGGUGGAACUAUUCCUCGUAGGGAUGAACUUGUAAGAGUUAAAAAGAAGCCAGAACAGAAAGAUAAGGAGGCAGAAUUAGCAUUCAAAUGGAGACAUUGUUCAAUAAAACAAUUACCACUACAGGCACCAGUUGUUGGCUGUGCUCUAGGACGUCUUUAUAGCAAAGAAUCUGUAUUGGAAGGCCUUCUUGAUAGAAGCACACUUCCAAAAUCAGCUGAACAUAUCAAAAGCUUAAAAGAUAUAAAGAAUUUAAAUCUGACAGGAAAUCCAGCAUUCGAUGGUAAUAAAGCUAAAAAGGGUGACUGUUAUACAGAUGAGGGUAGAAGUCCUUACAUUUGUCCUGUUAUUGGAUUGGAGAUGAAUGGCAAAUACAAGUUUUGCUUCUUAUGGUCAUGUGGAUGUGUAAUGAGUGAACGUGCACUUAAAGAAGUCAAAACUACAAUUUGUCAUCAGUGUCAGCAACCUUUUACUGAGACAGAUAUUGUUAUUAUAAAUGCAGAAGGUGAUGAUUUCAAAUUGAUGGAAACAAAUAUGAUGCUUAGAAAGACGCUUAAAAAGAAAUUUAAAAAACAGAAACUUAGCGAGGAUAAUCAAACUGAAGAUGUUAAACAAGAAGAAGCACCAAAGAAAAAAAUUAAGAAAGAUGAUAAAGUUGCUGCCACUAAAGUAAAUAACAGAUGUGAAGCUGAAGAUCCGGCAUAUAAAAAAGUUAAAGAUAAUUACAGUGUUGCUAAAGAUCCCAAGGCAUCAGAAGUUUUUAAAAGUAUUUUUACUACUCAUAAAUCGGCAGCAGAACAAGAUAGAGCGCAUUGGAUUACAUACAAUCCAUUUUACAAUUAAAGAAUAAUUGUAAUAUAAAAAGUUUUAAAAAUGUAUGAUUAUAUAGACAGGGAACAUUAUAUGUAUAUGUGUAGAAAUAAUUAUAAUACAUUGUAAUGUUUUUAUAUCAUUAAAUAGUUUCCUGUAUAAAAACAAAUGGUUUUAUUGUUAUUUUUGUUAUUUCAAUAAUCUGUUUUAUCAAAUCGUAAUAUUUACAACUUAAAAAUGCUAUAUUAUCACUUAUUAAAAUUACUUAUGUAGCAAAUAAAAAAGAUUACGUAUACAUAUGAUUACUGGAUAUCACAAGGUGAUAAUUGUUGAUAUAUUUUUUGCACAUAUGCUUGUUCACUACAAAUAAAUGUACUAUGAAUUAAAAGAAUAAAAUAUAAAAAAUAAGUAUAUAAA